AUGGCAACCGCUUCACCAGCACCCCGGACCCCGGGUCGGACUCAGCCUUCCGCAGAAGUCCCUCCUGUCGUCACGGACACCAAAGACCAACGCCGAACAUCUUCUUUGGGUUUUCUUCGUCGCUCCAAGUCUAUUGAAAUUCUAGGCGAAAGACGCUCGUCCGGAAGCAAGAACGGAAAGAAGAUGCCGAAGGCUCAGACGGCGGGAGAAGAAGCUCGUCGCCAGCGCGAGUCAAUGAUGUAUCAACAACCCCCGCGUCUACCUGAUCUCUCGCCGGCUCCAGUUCUUGAGACCUUUGGUGGCGAUGAGCGCCGGGACACUGUUGCUGCACUUGCAAGCCAGCCCGACUCAUCUCAGCAGCAAGCUGUGCCCCGCAGUACGAUAAGCACGCCAGUUGCCCCGGAACCGAGCGACGCCUACGCACGAGCAGAGAGCAUGACACACCGUGGACGCUAUAGCUACGCAAGCAGUGCUGUUAGUACCGUCAACAAUCCGCGUCGGCUGCGUCGGCGCAAGGAUCCCACCCCGUACAAUGUCCUUGUUGUCGGCGCAAGUAACUCGGGCAAGACCUCAUUUCUCAAUUUCCUCAAGAAGUCCUUGGAAUUGCCGCCGCAUAAGCACCCCUCCCGUUUACCAGAGGAAAUCGCAUACCAAGCUCGCCAAUCCCCCGCCAAUGAGGGCUACGUUUCCCACUAUCUGGAGACAGAGAUCGACGGCGAACGAGUCGGUCUGACCCUCUGGGACUCUCAAGGCCUGGAGAAGAACAUCGUUGACAUCCAGCUACGAGGGGUGACUGGGUUCCUGGAAAGUAAGUUCGAGGAAACGCUAAGUGAGGAAAUGAAGGUUGUUCGGUCACCUGGAGCUCGCGACACCCAUAUCCAUUGCACCUUCUUGAUCCUGGAUCCAGUCCGCUUGGACCAGAAUAUAGCGGCUGCAGAGCGGGCUGCGCAGGGAACCCCCAGGGCAACCGAUACACCUGUCGUUGGUGUUCUCGACGAGCGUCUUGAUGUUCAGGUCCUGCGAACCAUAGUGGGCAAGACCACAGUUGUUCCGGUUAUCAGCAAGGCCGAUACGAUCACCACAGCCCACAUGGCGUACCUCAGGAAGGCUGUCUGGGAUAGCUUGAAGAAAGCCAAUAUUGACCCGCUGGAGAUCCUUUCUUUGGACGACCAGGAAGAGUACACAUCUUCUGAGAGCGAUGAUGAGGACGAGGAGGCGCAAGGUCAAGAUACCGAACAGGAUGCGGAGGCCAGCGCUGCGAACGAGGAAGGUGCAGAGGCCCGGUCUCCACGUUCGCCCUCCCAGCGCAGUCAGGACACGCGCAAGUCUUCCGGUUCCCAAGCCGUCGUUCAGCAUAUUCCUUUCACCAUCUUGUCUCCCGACCCACAUUCACUUAGGGCUGGCGAUGAGCCUGUUGGGCGCAAGUUUGCCUGGGGGUUCGCUGACCCGUACAACUCCGAGCACUGUGAUUUCCUCAAACUGAAGGAGGCCGUAUUCAACGAAUGGCGCUCUGACCUCCGCGAAGCGAGCCGUGUGGUCUGGUAUGAGAGGUGGAGAACCAGCCGCUUGAACCGUAAUGUUUCUGUGGCCAGCGCUGCACCCCAGAAGAAGCUGUAUGCGGGGAGAACUGGACCGGAUGUGCGCCGGUUCCGCUAA